AUGUUCCAGCAUCGACCGGUCGACCAGUACCUUCCAGUGGUCCGCCUCCGUGCGGAAACUGGUGGUCUCCGCAGGGGCCGUCUCGAAGCCCCUCUGGCGCUCCAUCUCCUCGGCGCCUCGCUCCACCUGAACGGUCACCGCCAACGUCCCACUUCAAAAUCCACCACCACCACAAUCAGACCAGCUUUACGCACGCGACCACGUGAUACG